AUGACGUUCUCUCCAUCCAGUCGUGUUUCGACAAAUCGUCGAUGUGACAAUUGUGGUGUUAGUAUAAACCAAACUAGCUGGUUUCAAUGCGCUAUAUGUAAAGAAUUUGACCUAUGUUAUUUAUGUAAAGAACAGAAAAUACCAUUACUUGCCGAUUCUAAUGACAAACAUAAGAGAUUUCAUGAAUCACAAAAGAUGGAAUACAAUGGAAAUGAACAUAUGAAAUUGGUAUUCUACCAGCCCGCAUUAACACCAGAUAUAUCAAAAGCAAAACAACAACGGCUCAAUCGUAUGAUGGAAGCUAAAAAAAUAAAGAAUGAUUAUGAAAUGUUUAUUGUUACUAAUAAAUUGAGAGAAAUGCAAGUAGAGGAAAAAAAUGCAUCGCCCGAAGAACAACAACAUGAAAUAGAGGAAGUGAAACGACAAUUAAGCCAAAUGAUUGUAGAUUACCACUUACAGUCAUCUACAAAAAAUAUACACAUAUUAAGUUUAGAUGGUGGCGGUGUACGUGGUUACAUGCCCAUUAAAAUUCUUCGUCAUGCAAUCGAAACUAAAUUCCGAGAAAAACUUGACCGCAACGAAAUAGUAUUUUUGCAAGCGCAAGAAAUGUUUAGCAGUCAAUUUGAUUAUUUUGUUGGUACUAGCACAGGUGGAUUUAUCGCAUUUUGUCUCGCUGUUAAUUAUACCCUAUUAGAUUUGGAACAUAUAUAUUCACGUUUUGGUGAUUAUUUCGUAAAAACUUGGACUGGUCCGAUGUUGUGUGCUAAGUAUGAUCCUAAAUAUAUACACAAUGAAAUUGAUAACAUUAUCAAUAAAACUGAAUUAAAUGGUAAGAAAUUAUCAGCUGCUACUUCUACUUUAUAUGAUUUACAUAACUUAUUGAAUCCUAAGUGUGGUGCUAACGAACAUGAAUUAGCAAUGCAUGGAAAUUUAUUGGAAUUUGAUGAUGAUGAUAACGAUUCAAAUAAAGUGUCUAAUUUCAAAGCACGCGAAAAAAUGUUAAUUAUUACGUCUUACAAUGCAACAACAAAUAGUAUGACUGCAUUUAAUACAAGUUACGCUCCUCAUUGGUCAUAUCGUAUAGCAGAUGUGUUAAAGGCUACAAUGGCUGCACCUACAUACUUUCCACCACAUCCGGUACACAAAUGGAAUAAAACGGAAAAUGGAGAAUUUCAUAAAGAUAAAAAUCCUGAAAUAUUUAUUGAUGGUGGUGUAUUUGCUAAUGAUCCAGAAUUAACAGCAUUAUGGGCAAUAAGAAUGCAAUGGAAAAAGAUGAUCAAUUAUUAUUUACUUGCCAUAGGUACAGGUUACUAUAGUGAACCAAUAUCACCAUCAAAUCGUGGUGGAUAUAUAGGAUGGAUAUUUAACAAUGGAUUGUUGAUUAAUACAUUAAUGGAAGCUACACGAAGUUUGACUGAAACAAUUACAAAUAAUUUGGCUAAGUUUGGAAAUGUAAGAAGAAUGAAAUUUAAUUUUGAAAUAACAAAAUAUAUGAAUUUAGAUGAUCCACUUUUUAUUACUACAUUUGAUCAAGAAUGGGACGAACUUUUAAAAAAUGGAACAAUGGUAGAUGGUCAAGUAUUAAGAGAUGAUGAUGGUAAAUUAGUAACAGAUUUUGAUGCAUUAAUGCGAUUUUACGACCAUUAUAUUUAUCACGAAAAACAAAAUUAA